UUGGAUGCGAUCCAACAAUCAACUCAUGAAGAAGACGACUCGAACAAUUUUCACCGACGUACCAACAUCCGCAGGAUUGACUUCGCUAGAAACGGACACYGUAUUCGGACAAUGACUCGGCAUGGGAAAAAUUGUACGGCAGGAGCCGUUUACACCUACCACGAGAAAAGGAAGGACACUGCGGCAUCGGGUUAUGGGACGCAAAGUGUGCGUUUAGGAAAGGAUGCCAUUAAGGAUUUCGACUGCUGUUGCCUUUCUCUCCAGACUUGCAGGGACCCCGUUGUAACUCCAGAUGGAUACUUGUAUGAAAAACAGGCCAUCCUGGAGUACAUACUCCACCAGAAGACCGAGAUCGCCAAGAAAAUGAAGGCGUACGAGAAGCAGAAACAGACUCAGAAGAGUGACAGUCGUCUGGAGUCUAAAUCUGAGGAGAGGGGGAUAGCAGAGAGGUUCAAGACCCGGGAGAACAGCAUCGUGUCCAAACCCAUCAACCCCUUUACCUCUGGCCAGGCCAAAGAGUCAGACAGCCAGAGUGUUGCGGGUACAUCAGCCAGUACAUCAAAAGCCGAGUCCUCUGCUCCUGCCGCCGGCACUGGCUCCUCCCAGACCCUGCCCAGCUUCUGGAUCCCCAGUCUCACCCCAGAGGCCAAACCCACCAUACUCAAGAAACCUAGUAAGACGGUGGUGUGUCCCAUGUCUGGCCGGCCUCUGAAGAUGAAUGAGCUGACCAACGUACACUUCACUSCUCUGGACCCCAGUCUGGGCCGGGUGGCCCUGCUCGCACGCCAGGAGAGGUACCUGUGUGCUGUGACUAAAGACACUCUGGGUAACAGUGUCCCCUGCUCCGUUCUCAAACCCUCUGGAGCGGUGGUGACUCAGGAGUGUGUGGAGAGGCUGAUCAGGAAGGACAUGACGGACCCGAUUACCGGAGACAAACUCACAGAGAAGGACAUCAUCCCACUACAGAGGGGUGGAACUGGGUUUGCAGGCUCUGGAGUGGGACUGAAAGCUAAAGAGGCUCGACCCGUAAUGAUGGUGUGAUGGUUCAGAGAUGAUAGUCAACAUGACAAAGGCGUGUACAUGCGGUUAUCUGUUCUCGUAUGGAGUCUGAGAAUUCCAACUGCUAUUUUGAAGCUUUGUCACACACACUUAUAAAACAGGGCUCUAUUCUGACCUAUUUUACAAGAAGCACAUAGGUGAACACGCUAAGAAACUUAGGAGGUAAAAUGAGGUAUUAAUUUUAGGCACACUGGUGCUCCUAAAUAAAAACAAUCCUGUGCAUAUGCAAGUAAAAUGGCCGUACUGUAGAGCCCUGAGGAAUGUCCUUUUUAUUUCUCUGGCAUACACGCAUCAAACAGCCUACACACCAAUUCAUGUCUGUACCAUAUUUUAUAUAAAGUUAAAUUGACCGUCUUAUUGGCUGUGUUGGGGUCAGAGUUCUUGGUGACCCUCAUCCGCCAACAUACCUCCGUAGUCAGUCAGCGUGCUUGACUUAAGGAAGUCGACCUUGUCCAUGACCUCCGAGAGAGAGAGACGCCCAUCCUAAGAGAGGAGAAUGAAGGAUAAGGGAAGUAGAAGAUAGAGAUAAAUAGGAAUCUGGGUAAACUCCAUUCAAGUGCCAGGAAACAAAUUACAUUUGAGUAAUUAAGUUGCUUAGGACAGUAGUUAAUAAAUAAAUAAAAAUACAACUUUUUGUAGAAAAACCAACAUGGCUUUAUUUAAAAUUCAGAGAAAUGUUUCACCACAAGUGUCAUUCAAUUUUGCUUCCUCCCACCCUGUGUAAACCAAGUGUAUAUUCUAUAUAUGGUGCUGUAAAAAAAAUAAGCUUA